UUGUGUUCGCAUAAAACAAAGCAUGGAGGCCAAUUUUGUGAAGGGGUGUUUAUCAUUACUUGAAAAGCGAAGACACUCGAGGACGUGAUAAACGUUGAAGUGAAAUUGAUCGUUCAAUUUUUCAGUCUUGUUGGUAUAAGGUUUGGGAUUGUUUUCAUAAGAUAACGGAACACUUGUCAGAAGAGUUGGUCUUUAUCAUAUUCUGAAUGAAAACAAGAAUCCUUAAGGCUAGUUCUGCAACACUAACAACGUCAAAGUCAACUUUAAAACUCCAGUUGCGGAUUUGUGGACUUUUUCAAAUGAAGGUCAUGAUGACGAUUUUGCGAGUGUAAAGCAUGUUUCAGUGUAAGUGGCAAUGUCUUUAAUUUAACAGAGAGAUCUUAAACGAUGGUGCUUGAAAUGUCUUGGAGCUCAGCUCUCCAGAUAUUAUUUUGCGUAGCCCUCAUGUUUGUGAUCAUAACCGGAAAUUCUUUUGUAGUGGCGUCGUAUUUUUCAAACGUUAGACUUCGCACUGGUACUUACACAUUUCUGGUAAGUUUCGCUAUAUCGGAUCUGUUGGUAGGAUGUGUGUCUCUGCCUCUGUGGAUAUAUAUCAGACUGAGACGCGUACAAGAUGGACCUCUGUCUACGUUUUUCAUCUCCUUCGACAUCUUAAGUGCGCUGGCUUCAAUCUUCCACCUGACAACCGUUAGUCUGGAAAGAUGGCUUGCCAUUUCGCGCCCGUUUAUUCACGAGGCGCUCUCCACGGCACACUACACAAUAGCUUUAUGCGGCGUUUGGACGACCGCUUUAGCGAUAGCUGCGAUUCGACCUGCUUUGGAUAACUCUUUGAGUAACACAAAGAAUAAUCCGCACAGGAUUUACACUCCGUUUUUGACGUUCGUUGGUUAUGUUGGGCCAGGAAUUCUCGUCAGCGUCGUCAACAUUUCCAUUUUCAAGGUGGCUCGGACGCUGAUCUCUAAUCUCCCAACGAUAACAAAUCAGGAAGAAAGCAACAAAAUACGCAAGAACGUAAACAAACAACGCCGCAUAGCCCUUACGCUGACAUUUAUGACUGCGCUGUUUCUCGUUUCUUGGUUGUCCUUCUUCACAGUAAGCACUAUCUCAGUGUUUUGCAGAGAGUGCUUUCCUUUCCACGAACUCUCGGGUUUUCUUUUGUUUUCCAAAUGGCUUCAGUAUAGUAACAGCGCUAUGAAUCCAUUGGUGUACGCCUUCCGCGACUCAGAACUGCGAAAAACGUUUGUGAGGCUUCUAGGCCGGUGCGGGCGCGGAGCGACAAUACGACAAGCUCUUCGAGUGGCUCCUAUGAACAUGACCUUGAACGAAGGAAGCACGAGAUUCCGAACUUGUCCUACAACAAUGCUCAACGAAACCCAGGUUUAAUUAGAGAUUCAUCCAAACAUUUAAAAACACCAAAGUGUUGUUUAUUAACAACUUCCUUUAAAAACUACGUUUGCACGCACAACUUCAGUCGGUGCGGCCAACCGCCGGCUGAAGUGCUUUUGUAAAUAAAUCAUGCAUCGGGCACUUGAAGGUUCUUUUAGAGUCGCACAUUUUUUCAAAAACUCUAGUAACGAUUGUAAUAUCAUUUGAUAACUGAAGAAUUAAGGGAGUAACACGCCAGGUAUUAUUUCAGUUUUGUGGAUAUGCGAUUCCUUUGUAAGUUUCCAUUUCAACCAUCUAGAGAUCAUGUUGAUGAAAAUAUAAUAAGAUCAUCAAAGGGGACACUUUUUUUAAUGAAUAUCAGGCUUUUGAGGAGAAGAAUUGGAAAUCAAAUAAGAACUUGCCACGACACACGAACUCAUUUCAUUCUAAAUGCAACUUUGUACGGAAUAAGAAUUGAAGACUCUUUAUAUCCUCAUUGUAAUAUCAUUUCUUAUUAAUUUAUUUUGAUAUCAUGGCAUCAUCCUGAAGCUUUUUGCUAAAGGUUAUGAUUUAUAGCGCGUUCUGAACUGAAAUUCUACCUAAGCUCUAACUGAUCGUUCGUAUUAGCUAGUAAAAGAUUGACAACUAAUCCAGUGUGUCAUAAAAGAAACUAGCUAUAGUUCUCCUUGAUUAGUCCAAAAUUUCUAGCAAUUUCUGAUAUACAGUUCUCAGAAUUUGGUAUAUUUUUUUAAGCCCAAAUGUAACUCAAUCGAUUAGGUAACAAUCUUAGUUCUCAAAACUGGUAUCGAUGUCAGCGUAUCAGAGAUGCAGGGAGACGUAGCGGAUCAGAGUGGGAGUGAGGGAAGUCAAAAGCUUCUCAUUCUGAAACAGACAUCGACUCUUUUAAAAAGACCCCAUUAUCGAAAAAAAAAAAAGGGAACAUAGCGUAGCAGUAAUAAUGAAAAUGAUGCAUGGUCCCUGCAAGAUUUUGGUGGGGAAAAAAAUCAGCUAGGGCUGAAUCAAGAAUGUUGUUAGAAUAAACCGAAUGUAAACAAAGGCAACAGGAACAAAACAGAUAAAAGAAAUAACCAAAGAAACACAAAAUAAAUCGACAAAAAAAACAA